GUGGCUGUCGGCAGGUACCGGGCGGACCGGGGGGGGGGGCGGGUCGGUACCGGGGCUUUGAGGAGCGGAACCGUCCUGGGAUUGAGCUCCGAGCUGCAGCAAUAGGCCGGUGAUGCUGGUGGCUCUGCAGAUGUGGCCCUGAGUGACGUAGGCCCCAAGUUACUUGGGCCAAGGAUGAGCAAGCCGACAGACCUGCAGCACGACCUGGAACGGAGCCUCCCAGCCAUUGCAUCCAUCAGCACCUCGCUUUCCCAGAGCCAGGGCUUCUCCCCAUACUGCUACUUCAAUCCAGAGAAGAGGAAAGCCAUCUCGGACGUGAGGAGGACUUUCUGCCUCUUUGUCACCUUCGAUCUGCUCUUCAUCUCUUUGUUGUGGAUAAUCGAAUUGAACACCAAGGAUGGCAUUCAGAAGAACUUGAAGAACGAAAUCUUCGAGUACAAUUUUAAGACCUCUUUCUUUGACAUAUUUGUCUUGGCUUUCUUCCGAUUUUUUGUGUUGCUGCUGGCCUAUGCGAUCGUAAGGCUGCGCCACUGGUGGGUCAUAGCGGUCACCACGUUGAUAUCCAGUGCCUUCCUGAUCGUGAAGGUCAUCCUCUCCGAGCUUCUCACCAAAGGGGCGUUUGGUUACUUACUUCCCAUCGUCUCCUUUGUCAUUGCUUGGUUAGAGACUUGGUUCCUGGAUUUUAAAGUCCUCACUCAGGAAGCAGAAGAGGAACGAUGGUACCUGGCAGCUCAGGCUGCGGCUGCCCGUGGGCCCCUGCUGUACCCUGGAGCCCUUUCAGAUGGGCAGUUCUACUCCCCGCCGGAGUCCUUUGCAGGGUCGGACAAUGAGUCGGACGAGGAAGGUCCGGGAAGGAAAGCACUGACAGCUCAGGAGAAAGAAUACGUCCGACAAGGCAAAGAAGCCAUGGAAGUUGUGGACCAAAUCCUCGCCCAGGAGGAGAACUGGAAGUUUGAGAAAAACAAUGACUUUGGUGAUGUUGUUUACACUUUUGAAAUACCUUUCCAUGGCAAGACCUUUAUUUUAAAGGCUUUCCUGCAGUGCUCUGCUGAAACAGUUUACCAGGAGGUUAUUCUCCAACCCGAGAAGAUGAUCCUGUGGAACAGAACAGUGGCAGCUUGCCAGAUCUUGCAGCGGGUUGAAGACAACACGAUCGUUUCAUACGACGUGGCAGCCGGGGCUGCAGGCGGUGUCGUUUCCCCCAGGGAUUUUGUGAACGUGAGGCGGAUCGAGAGAAGGAGAGACAGGUACAUUUCCUCAGGGAUGUCGACCACGCACAACCUGAAGCCUCCACUCUCCAAGUAUGUCAGGGGUGAGAACGGACCUGGAGGAUUCAUCGUAUUGAAGUGCCCCAGCAACCCCCGGGUCUGCACUUUUAUCUGGAUUCUAAACACUGACCUGAAGGGUCGCCUGCCCCGGUACCUCAUCCACCAGAGCCUGGCAGCCACCAUGUUUGAGUUUGCCUUCCACCUGCGGCAGAGGGUCGCUGAGCUCUGCAACAAACCCUGAGUGCUGUGCUCUGCCCCUGCUGGACUCGCUGUGGGUGGGCAGGGGGGGCUGCUCCUCUCUGAACCGGAGCCCUGGAGCUGCCACAUGGAGUGUGUCCAACCCCUGUCCUGCUCUGCCCUGAGCCUGGGAUCUGCCCUGUGCUCCAUCUCCCCCCACGUUGGGUCUGGGGGCUCAUUGACACCCCCAGGCUGCUGUGCUGAGGAUGAGGGAUUCAGAGGAGAAGCCGCUCAGGGUGAGCACACAGAUCCAUCCCCUGUCAUGUGCCGCUCACACAUGGGGACAAAGCACAGCUCCUGGGUGGGGGGGCUGCUGUGGGGACCCUCGGGGCAAUCCCUUGUGGCUGCCCCCCCCCCGUGGGGGUUCUCCUGAGCUCAUUUAGAGCCCCCCCUGCAUGCAGCCCUGCAGGCUGUGGGCUCGGAGCCUUCUGCCUUCCCCUGGGGCUGUGGGGGCGAGCACAGCUUCGUGCUACCUGCGCUGCUGCCACGUUGUGCACUGUGAUGGGAGCUGCCCAUACCUGGGUGCACACAGCAGCAGCAUGGGGGGGGGAGCACCCAUGGACCCCCCCAGGGGCUCGGCUUGGGGUCUCUGCCCCCUCUACCGUUGCCUGUUGGUACCGGGGGGCACCUCUGGCUGGCAUCUGUCAAAAUAAAGAGCCUUGCACUGUUUGCA